AUGGGUUGGUUCCAUUUAUUAUCUAAUCUAUCAAAACAACUAAUGUACGGUAUUCUACUCGAACGUAAAUAUGGUUCAGUUCGAGUAAUUACUCUCUACUGGCUUUCGGAGUUCGGUGCAAGUUUAAAUUCUAUGUUGAGUGGUAGCCGUAAUUUUGGUGUCGGUUCUUCCGGUGCUAUAUUUGGUGUAUUGUUAUUCUUCAUUGUGGAACGUUUUUCUGCAAUGAAAAACAACGUCAACCAUCGUAUUUCUAUACUUAUACAAUUAGUUCUUUUGGUUGUUUUGCCCAUGACUAUUAGUAUUUGUCAAAUUAUUAUUUUGAAAAUCGACCCAGCACAUUCAGCUCAUUUGGGUGGUGGUUUAGUGGGUGUUCUAUUUGGAAUCGGUAUGUUUGGUUGCCCAUGUUUGUAUAAUAAUGAACAUCAUUCCUGUCAAACAAUAUGUCGACGAACAGCAUUUGGCGUUCUCUUUCUAUACUUUGUUAUAAGUUUGAUAAUUGUUUUUCGAACAAACGCACCAUUUCUAGGCUCGAUCAUGUCGACAAAUCCUAGUUGA